AUGCAUGUGGCUCCCAUCAAGCCUGUAGGAACGUGGGUGCAUGUGGCUCCCAUCAAGCCUGUAGGAACAUGGGUGCAUGUGGCUCCCAUCAAGCCUGUAGGAACAUGGGUGAAUGUUGCUCCCAUCAAGCCUGUAGGAACAUGGGUGAAUGUGGCUCCCGUCAAGCCUGUAGGAACAUGGGUGCAUGUGGCUCCCAUCAAGCCUGUAGGAACAUGGGUGCAUGUGGCUCCCAUCAAGCCUGUAGGAACAUGGGUGCUUGUGGCUCCCGUCAAGCCUGUAGGAACAUGGGUGCAUGUGGCUCCCAUCAAGCCUGAAGGAACAUGGGUGCAUGUGGCUCCCAUCAAGCCUGUAGGAACGUGGGUGCUUGUGGCUUCCGUCAAGCCUGUAGGAACAUGGGUGCAUGUGGCUCCCAUCAAGCCUGUAGGAACAUGGGUGCAUGUGGCUCCCAUCAAGCCUGAAGGAACAUGGGUGCAUGUGGCUCCCAUCAAGCCUGUAGGAACGUGGGUGCUUGUUGCUCCCGUCAAGCCUGUAGGAACGUGGGUGCAUGUGGCUCCCAUCAAGCCUGUAGGAACGUGGGUGCAUGUGGCUCCCAUCAAGCCUGUAGGAACGUGGGUGCAUGUGGCUCCCAUCAAGCCUGUAGGAACAUGGGUGAAUGUUGCUCCCAUCAAGCCUGUAGGAACAUGGGUGAAUGUGGCUCCCAUCAAGCCUGUAGGAACAUGGGUGAAUGUUGCUCCCAUCAAGCCUGAAGGAACGUGGGUGCAUGUGGCUCCCAUCAAGCCUGAAGGAACAUGGGUGCAUGUGGCUCCCGUCAGGCCUGUAGGAACAUGGGUGCAUGUGGCUCCCGUCAAGCCUGUAGGAACAUGGGUGCAUGUGGCUCCAGUCGGGCCUGUAGGAACAUGGGUACAUGUGGCUCCCGUCAGGCCUGUAGGAACAUGGGUGCAUGUGGCUCCCAUCAAGCCUGUAGGAACAUGGGUGUAUGUGGCUCCCGUCAGUCCUGUAGGAACAUGGGUGCAUGCGGCUCCUGUCAGGCCUGUAGGAACAUGGGUGUAUGUGGCUCCCAUCAAGCCUGUAGGAACAUGGGUCCAUGUGGCUCCCGUCAAGCCUGUAGGAACAUGGGUGCAUGUGGCUCCCGUCAGGCCUGAAGGAACAUGGGUGCAUGUGGCUCCCGUCAGCCCUGUAGGAACAUGGGUGCAUGUGGCUCCAGUCAGGCCUGUAGGAACAUGGGUGCAUGUGGCUCCCAUCAGGCCUGAAGGAACAUGGGUGCAUGUGGCUCCCGUCAGGCCUGUAGGAACAUGGAUGCAUGUGGCUCCCGUCAGGCCUGUAGGAACAUGGAUGCAUGUGGCUCCCGUCAGGCCUGAAGGAACAUGGGUGCAUGUGGCUCCCGUCAGGCCUGAAGGAACAUGGGUGCAUGUGGCUCCCGUCAGGCCUGUAGGAACAUGGGUGCAUGUGGCUCCCAUCAGGCCUGUAGGAACAUGGGUGCAUGUUGCUCCCGUCAGGCCUGCAGGAACAUGGGUGCAUGUGGCUCCCAUCAGGCCUGUAGGAACAUGGGUGCAUGUGGCUCCCGUCAGGCCUGUAGGAACAUGGAUGCAUGUGGCUCCCGUCAGGCCUGAAGGAACAUGGGUGCAUGUGGCUCCCGUCAGGCCUGAAGGAACAUGGGUGCAUGUGGCUCCCGUCAGGCCUGUAGGAACAUGGGUGCAUGUGGCUCCCGUCAGGCCUGUAGGAACAUGGGUGCAUGUUGCUCCAAUCAGGCCUGUAGGAACAUGGGUGCAUGGGUGCAUGUUGCUCCCGUCAGGCCUGCAGGAACAUGGGUGCAUGUGGCUCCCGUCAGGCCUGUAG